AUGGAUUCAUCAGAAGAGGACGGGGAGGAAAACGAGGCCUUCCUGGAGUGGCUGAUGACCCGGACAGGACAGAAGCUGCCGCUGCGGGAGCUGGAGGAGCAGUACGAGGUGCUGGAGGAGCUGGGCAGCGGGACCUACGGCCGCGUGGUGCUCACGGAGCCCCGGGAUGGAGGCUCACCAGUGGUUCUCAAGCUGAUGGCAAAGGAACAGACGGACCGUCGGACAUUCCUGCGGGAAUACUGCAUCACUUUGUGCCUCUCAAGCCACGACGCUUGCAUCCGUGCGCUGCCCAUUGCCUUUGAGAGUGCCACACACUUCGCCUUUGGGCAAGAACUUGCUCCUGCUGGGGACCUGUGUGACCUCCUCAACCCAGGGGAGGGCCUUCCAGAGGUGCUGGUGAAGCGCUGUGCGUCCCAGGUGGCCGAGGCUCUGGAUUUCAUGCACAGCCGGGCCCUGGUGCACCGGGACGUGAAACUGGACAACGUGCUGCUCUUCGACAGCGAGUGCCGGCGGGUGAAGCUGGGUGACUUCGGGCUCACGCGCCUGCAGGGCUCUGCCGUGUGUGCCAUGACCAACACGCUGCCCUACGCCGCUCCGGAGCUCUGCCUGCUGCAGGGCUCCGACACGCUGGAGCUGGACUCCAGCCUGGAUGUGUGGGCUUUUGCCGUGCUGCUCUUCUGCCUCUGCACGGGCUGCUUCCCCUGGGCUGCAGCUCUCAGCUCUGACCCGCAGUUCGAGGACUUCAGCACUUGGCAGGGCAGUUCGGUGGGACGGGGGGUGCCGUCAUCCUGGCAGACCUUCGGCUCUGGGGCUCAAGAGAUGUUCCGCCGCCUGCUCACGCUUGACCCUGACCGCCGGAGCCCGGCCAUCGAGGUGCAGAAAUACCUGUCACUGACGUGGGUGAUGGCCCAGAGCCAGGAUCAAGCUAAGGAGGAGAAGGCUCAAGUGGAGGAGGAGAACA